UGUUGGGAGGAAAGGCGGGGCUCGCAAGGCGGGCGGGGUUGCCAUCUUGGAUUGCGAGACGUCGCGGGCGGCGGCCUUUGGGGCCUCUCCCUCCGGCACCGCCUCCAUGGACACCAUGGCAAGCCCAGGAAAAGAUAAUUAUCGGAUGAAAAGUUACAAGAACAAUGCACUCAAUCCUCAAGAAAUGCGUAGACGAAGAGAAGAAGAAGGAAUCCAGCUUCGGAAACAAAAAAGGGAAGAGCAAUUAUUUAAACGCAGAAAUGUUUCUCUCCCGGGAAAUGAAGAAUCUAUGGUAGAAAGCCCUAUCCAAGAUCCUGAUGUCAGUUCUACUGUACCUAUUCCAGAGGAAGAAGUUAUUACAGCAGAUAUGGUGCAGAUGAUUUUCUCAGAUGAUCCUGAUCAGCAGCUUACAGCAACCCAAAAAUUUAGAAAACUGCUUUCAAAAGAACCCAAUCCACCUAUAGAUGAAGUAAUCCAAAAACCAGGAGUUGUGCAGAGAUUUGUGAAAUUUCUAGAGCGAAAUGAGAAUUGCACUCUUCAGUUUGAAGCAGCUUGGGCAUUGACAAAUAUAGCAUCUGGAACGUUUCUACACACCAAAGUAGUAAUUGAGACUGGAGCUGUUCCAAUUUUUAUUAAGUUGCUUAGCUCAGAGCAUGAAGAUGUCCAGGAGCAGGCAGUAUGGGCUCUUGGUAAUAUUGCUGGUGAUAAUGCAGAAUGCAGAGAUUUCGUUUUAAACUGUGGAAUACUGCCACCGCUCUUGGAAUUACUAACAAAUUCAAAUCGACUUACAACAACUCGAAAUGCAGUCUGGGCACUCUCAAACCUUUGUAGAGGCAAGAAUCCGCCUCCAGACUUUAGCAAGGUUGCUCCUUGCUUAAAUGUUUUAUCAAGACUGUUAUUUAGCAGUGACCCAGAUGUAUUAGCAGAUGCUUGUUGGGCCCUCUCUUACCUUUCAGAUGGACCUAAUGAUAAAAUCCAAGCAGUUAUUGAUUCUGGAGUAUGUCGAAGAUUGGUCGAACUUCUGAUGCACAAUGAUUACAAGGUUGUGUCUCCUGCAUUAAGAGCAGUGGGAAAUAUUGUGACUGGUGAUGAUAUUCAGACGCAGGUAAUUCUAAAUUGUUCUGCAUUACCCUGUCUCCUGCACUUGCUGAGUAGUCCUAAGGAAUCCAUUCGAAAAGAAGCUUGUUGGACUGUUUCUAAUAUUACUGCUGGAAACAGAGCUCAGAUUCAGGCCGUUAUAGAUGCAAAUAUUUUUCCAAUAUUGAUUGAAAUUCUUCAGAAAGCUGAAUUCCGGACCAGAAAAGAAGCAGCGUGGGCUAUUACUAAUGCAACUUCAGGAGGAACUCCUGAACAGAUCAGAUAUUUAGUAGCAUUAGGUUGCACCAAACCUCUUUGUGACCUCUUGACUGUGAUGGAUUCCAAAAUAGUGCAGGUGGCUUUAAAUGGACUUGAAAAUAUUCUGCGUCUGGGAGAGCAAGAAUCCAAGCAAAAUGGAAUGGGUAUUAAUCCUUACUGUGCCCUUAUAGAGGAAGCAUAUGGACUGGAUAAAAUUGAAUUUCUUCAAAGACAUGAAAAUCAAGAGAUCUACCAAAAGGCUUUUGAGCUGAUAGAACAUUACUUUGGUGUGGAAGAAGAGGAUGCUAGUAUUGCACCUCAAGUGGAUGAGAGUCAGCAACAGUUUGUGUUUCAGCAACAGGAAGCUCCAAUGGAAGGGUUUCAGCUGUAAUUGUUUAAGUGAAGACAAGCAUAUGUAAAUGUAAACAUUAUAGGGUUUUUUUUCCAAGGGUCUUCUCUUUGUGGCCAAAGUUAGAAGAACAUUUGAAUGUGUUUUGCAGAAGACGGAUAAAGAAGCAGCUCGUGCACUUUUAUAACUUCUGUGUUAGAUACAAUUUUUCAUUCAUUCAUUUUUUGUAUUUUUUGUAUUUCAUUGUCUUGUAUGUUUAGAAACUGACUCUGUGAGUAAUCAAGUCUAACGUUAAGGCAUUAUAUGUGAUUUAACAAGAACUGUUAAGCUUGAAUAAUAACCUCAGUAGGAUUUUAGGUAGUGGUUCUGAAUUUUUCAUGUAAUCUUUGAAACUGCAUAUUAGCAGUGCAGCUGUUGACAGUAAGCUUGACAUGCCCAAUCUUUAUCAAAUCUACCUCUUAUUUUGAAGCCAAAAAGUUGCUUCAAAACUAAAGCAUAAUAUUAAAGUGCUUGUAAAAAAGCUAAAUUAGAAUGUGAAAAAUAUUUAUUUAAACUGUAAGAUGUAGUUUUAUCAUUAUACUUGCAAAGAACUAGUGAAAUUUAUUUAUAAAGCAUAUUUAAAAGCAAACAGAUUUUAAAGUAUGUAAUGUUGAUUACCUGAUUUAACUUCAAAUAUAUGAUAAAAAAGGCAGUUCUGCAUCAUGUAGACACAAUUAUUUAGAGGCUUUCAAAUCAGCAGAAAUCUCUCUAGUUUUGAUGCUGGCUCCUUAGUUCAAGCUGCUAAACAACAUUAAAAGCCAGUUACAAAUGUGAUACUUUGCUAUGUGAGCAAUUACUAUAGUUGCCACAGGAAUGUUGAUUGGGAAUGAGGGAGGGUGAAUUGCACAAUUGUAAGAAAUAGGACAGGUUCAUGUGACUAUUUCUACAUUAAAAAGCGGUUAGAUUAUACUAGUUUGAGAAUCCCUGCAAUAUUUGCCGUUCUUGAAAUAUUAUUUACUUAAGGAAAGUUUAGACUGAUUGUAUACGUGUUGCUUCUGACCAAAUAUGUUACCACUGUUUUGAAGUGUUUGCAUUUCCUUUUAGAUAAAAUUAAAAAUGCACCCUAUUAUGAUCCAUAGUAUUGCUGCAUUGGGAGAAGUAAUCUUCUCCAUCUGGCUGAAGGAAAAAGGUUUGUUUUAUUGUAAAUAUCAUAUUAGGUAUAUGGACAACAAAAUGAAUCUAGAUGUCUGCUUAAAUAUUUAAAUUCUACAACACUUAAUAUCUGUUGCUACUACCAACUAAAAAAAACAUAUCUAAGAAUUUGAAUAUUGACGUUAGAUUUUUUUCAAAAUCACUAAGCUGUACUGCUUGCUCUCGCGUAGUAGUAGUCAGUCUGAUAACUUAAACUUUUGGACUACUGAAAACCUCAUUUUAAAUAUUUAACAUCUUCAUGUCAAACUUUGUGUUGAAAUAAUAGUGAAAACUUCUUUGACCUCUGAAAGUGUUUAAUCCUCUACAGUAGUUGCAAUUUUCAAUUAAAAUCACUUUUCCUGUGAUACUGUGCUGGUCACUCACCAAAACUUUGAUGCACUGAUUAGAGGGUGGUUUCAUUUACGUACUUUCACUGUACUUAGGAUUUUUUAAUUUGCUCAUAAAAAGUGCAAGUACUCUUUGGUUGAAAUUCAUAACAGACUUUACUUUAAGGGACUGUUACAGCAAUAUAUACUAUGUUGUAGCUUGAAGAUGGGAAUUGAAGGAAGCUGAUUUUAUGAGUUUGGUGGACCAUUGUGACUGAUUAUAAUUAGCAAGAUAUAAGUGAGAGGAACUGCAACUGCACUUGAAUUCUUUUUGUGGAAAUCGGAUUCACUAUGGAGAAGGAAUGUACAUAGGAGUGCUGGUCCUUUAUAGGUUCUAUAUAAUGAUAUUUUAGCAAGUGACACUUUAAACAUAAGAUUUGUACAGAAUUACAGCAUUUUGAAUAACGUGCAUAAUGCUUAGUACAGCUGCCAAAUUUUUCUUAUAACGUUAGAGGAUUGUAGUUGUGCCCUUUUCUACAAUGAUAGUUUGAGAGAUGCUGACAAGUUUUUUUGGGCGUAUCUGUUCAGAACAUACAGGGUAAUGAUAUUGGGAAACUUACCGGGAUUACUAGUUAAAUGCUGAAUUUCAGUGUUCUUUUAGUGCAAGAAUAAUUACAGGUAACAGGGUAUUCCAGUAUUUCUAGCUAAAUUGUUUUGAUAAUAUUGCAUAACCAGCCGUGCCUGCUUUUAUUUUGAGGAUCCCGUAAGUACUGCAUUUAUAAGCCUCUCCAGUUAAGCCAAAUCUAAACUAUGAAAAUCUUAAUUAAAAGACUUGUAAAUGGUGGGAAGAGGGGGCAUUUAAAGUGUUAAUACUUGUUUGAGAGUGCUUUUGUGGAUACAGUAUAUGUUCAAGCAGUUAGUGACUGCACUUUAUGCAUUUAGAUACAAAACUAUAUUUCAUGCCUCUGGCAUAUUCAAAGUAUUUGCUAUUAGCUUAAUUGGGAACUAAAAUCAAUGGACUUUGGUUAAUGAAAAGGAUCUUAUUUAAUCUCAAGGUUUACCCUAAUUGGUUAAAAUCCAGUAGUCCCUUUGGUAAUUUUUAGUUAUACUCAAAGCAGAACUAAGUCUCAUGGGAAACAGUUGUUUUAAAUAGCCAUUCAUUAAGAAUGGCUGUUGUCUGCCUGUGUUCUAUAAGAAAGCUUUCACAGGUUAACAAAGCCUAUGGCAUUGAUGGCAUCAUAGAUACUUAUGAGAACAAUGCAGUUGACUGGGGCACGAGGAGCCGUUAGCUUUGCUCUAUGAAAGGCUGUUAAAGGUGGGUGACUUGAGCAGAGCCAGAAUUUGCUAAAUAUUUUGUCCAUGUUGGCUUUAUCCAGAAGGUUCAUACCUGUUUUGAAUUUAUUUAAAAAACAGAACACUAAAGCAUUGCUUUAGUUAUGCAGCUUCUUCAAAAGAUUUUUUUAAUAGGGUAUCAUUUGUUCUGCUUGAAUUUGAAUUCCGACUAGUAAAUCUAUGCAACUGUGCCAAGUCUGUUUUAGUUCCCUAAUCUGAUACACUAAAAUCCAUAUCUUAAUUUUCUACUGACAUUUUUCAUCAUUGCACUUUGUCUUUGAAGUGUUGUUCAUACUGCUCUUUAAUUUUGUAGUAUUUGCUUUGAACACUGUUGCUAGCAGCAAUCAAAAAUAGUAAUAAUGUUGGCACAGAAAUUAACUUCUUUACUAUAGAACAAGUUUGAAACUGGAAAAAUGUUUAGAAUUUUUGUGUUGUUUUUUUUUUAAUUGCUGGGUCUGUGUGAAAAGAUGCACUAUUAAUCUUCCUUCAUCUUCAGUUACCUCAGUUGGUUUUAUGGUCUUACAAAAAGCUAAAUUGCAAUAUUGAAUAUGAUGUUUUUAUAUACAGAUACUGAGCUUGCCACUUGAUAUGGAUUGCAAACCAGUCUGACAUUUAAUUGAAAUAAUGAAUUACAAGUGUUUUUGUUUUCAUACAUGGCAUUUAAUACAUUAGUUUAAUGUAUUAAACUAAUGUCUGUAGUGAUAGUGCAUCUUUAAAUCCAGAUUGGAGGCCCAUUACUGUAAUUAAACAUACAUAUGCACAGUAUGCAAUAUUAUGGAAUGUUACAACUACAAAUACCAUACAGAACUAAUAAAAGCAGUUUUUCACAGA